ACCCCUCGUAUAUAUAGCUUUCACUGCUGUUCAAAGAAGCGAGGAUUCGAGUUCCAGCGGGAUAAGGGAUAAUAAGGGUUUAUUGCAGUUCCCUCCAGGGCCAGUUUCAACUCGAUACAGUAUCUAUCUUAUCUGCAGCUCUAGGGUUUUGGAUGUAUUUUCGAAUUUGAGUUAAUUUUAACUGUGUUCUAUCGAGUUCAGCCGGUCAAUGGAUUUCGACGAGUACGAUUAUCUGGAGAAAGCAGUGGAAGACCCCGGAAGCCGUAAUGAUUCGGGGAAGAAGGGCUCAGGUGAGAAGGUCCAGAGAAGUUCUCGUCGGAGGGAAGACGACGAGGACGUAGAUCGAAUUGAGGAGAGUAGGAGUAAAAAGUCGAAAGGGGAUGAUCAGAAUGGGGAAAGAAGGGAACGGGAUGAACGGGAGAGGUCUUCUCGUUUGGAAAGGCGCGAUAGAGAUAGGCACAGAAGUAGCCGAGACGGGGAUAGAGAGUAUGAGAGGGAUAGGGAUCGUGACCGAGAGAGGGACCGCGAGAGGAGGGAUAAAGAUAGGGAGAAGGAGAGGGAAAAAGAGAGGGAGAGGGAGAGGGAAAGGGAGAGAGAAAGGGCUAAAGAGAGGGAGAGGGAACGAGAGAGGGAGAGGGAUAGGGAGAAAGAAAGAGAGAAGGAGAAGGAGAAGGAGAAGGAGAAGGAGAAGGAGAAGGAGAAGGAGAAGGAGAAGGAGAGGUCGCGAAGAAGCAGUAGCCGCUCAAGAAGGCAUUACGAUAGGGACGACGACAAAGAAUUUUUCAGGGGAAGGAGUAGAGACAGGGAAAGAGAAAGAGAAUACGAGAAUGACAUAAGAGAUAGGGAGAGCAGGAGGUUUAAAGAAAAGAAGGAAGUUGUGGAGCCUGAAGCUGAUCCAGAAAGGGAUCAGAGGACUGUUUUUGCUUACCAGAUGCCUCUGAAGGCUACUGAGAGAGAUGUUUAUGAAUUUUUCUCAAAAGCAGGCAAGGUGAGGGAUGUCCGGUUGAUAAUGGACCGGAAUUCAAGGCGUUCAAAGGGGGUUGGUUACAUUGAAUUUUAUGAUGCAAUGUCCGUGCCAAUGGCAAUUGCUCUUUCUGGUCAGUUGCUUCUUGGUCAACCCGUUAUGGUUAAACCUUCUGAAGCUGAAAAGAAUCUUGUUCAGUCAACUGCUGGAGGAGCAGGGGGUCUUGCUGGUGGAGCAGGUGCAAGAAAACUUUAUGUUGGAAACCUGCACUUCAAUAUGACAGAAGAUCAGCUUCGACAGGUUUUUGAACCAUUUGGUCCUGUUGAGCUUGUGCAACUACCCCUGGAUCCCGAGACAGGACAUUGUAAAGGUUUCGGGUUUGUUCAAUUUGCUCAGAUUGAACAUUCAAAGGCAGCUCAAAGUUUGAAUGGGAAAUUGGAGAUUGCUGGUCGAACAAUCAAGGUUUCAUCUGUCACAGAACAUGUUGCAGUGCAGGAUGUUGGUGCAAAUGCUGCUGAUUUUGAUGAUGAUGAUGGGGGUGGUUUGGCUUUAAAUGCUCAAUCUAGAGCAAUGCUUAUGCAGAAAUUGGAUCGAACAGGCAUUGCCACAAGCAGCAUUGCAGGGUCACUUGGAGUGCCUUUACUUAAUGGUGCAACCCCAAAUCUACAAUCUUCUGGUGUACCCAUGAAUGGACAAACUGCAGGUCUUGCUUCAUCUCUUCCAGCAUUAGUUGUCACAUCUCCAGUUACUGAACCCAUUGGGAAUCCUAGCGAGUGCUUAUUGUUGAAGAACAUGUUUGAUCCAGCCACUGAGACGGAUCCUGACUUUGAUUUGGACAUUAAAGAGGAAGUUCAAGAAGAAUGUUCUAAACUUGGCCCUGUCAAGCAUAUCUAUGUUGACAAGAAUAGUGCUGGUUAUGUCUACUUGCGGUUUGAAACUGUUGCAGCUGCAGCUAGUACUCAACGGGCAAUGCAUAUGCGAUGGUUUGCGCGUAGGUUAAUCUCGGCUGUUUUUAUGCCACCCCACGAAUAUGAAGCAAAGUUCAGAGGCAGCAUCUAAUGCCGAUUUAUUAGGGAAUUUCUUUGAAUUAGGUUGGUUUUUGAUUGUCUACUGGCUGGCUGGCUUUGUAGAAUCGUUUAGACAUCCUUUCAUUUAUACAGUUAACUGUACAAAUAGAAAUUCUUAAGGGAGGCCAACUUGAGGUAACAUUAGUGCUUGUUUCUCUUAUGAUGGGCGUCCUGUAUUUUGCUGUUCAAAUUUGGUUACAUGUCGACAGUUGUAUUACUAUAAGAUUUUCUGUUUCCUGUAUUGUUGUUAGUUUA